AUGCGCUGGCCGGGCAUAUCGGCGAUAACGUCAAGCUUGGCAAGACAUUUUUCCUUCGGCUUCAUCUUUUGCGCCUGUCUUCGACAAGCAAUUCAAGGAAAUAAUUUCGACACGGCAAACAUGGCCACAACACUCGUCAAAUCGCUCACCUCAGAGCCGCAUAGCUUUCUGCAACCUCCGUCAACAUUACACACCUCGUCGCUCGACUUUUUGAAGCAAACACUCGACCCGAUCGCCAAAUCCAUCGCCGAGACACAACAGCAGCGUUUGCAAGAAGCUCGCAAGAAGAGAAAGCGUGGUCAAAACGAUGAAGAUGAGGAAAUUUUGCGCCUGAAGAAAGUUCACGUCAGUGGAUUCGCUGUUGAUCAGGUCUGGGAGCAGGCAAGGCGGAUCAUCGAUGCGGCAAGAAAAGAGGCUCAGCGCAACUUUGACGAGCUCGCCGAGAAAUACGCCAUCGACGACUCAGAGGACGAGAGUGAGGACCAGGAUGGCGAGGAGCUCUCAGAAGAAGGCGAGAGCGAUAUUGGUGAAGAGGGAGUCGACUACGAAAUCGAAGGCGAGGACGUAGACGGAGAAGAGGAGGAUGACGACGAGGAGAUGGAGGUCGACGGCGAAGUCGACGAUUACGAAGAGUCAGACAUCGAAGCCGACGAGGACGUCGCGAUGGGUAGUGAAGGCGAAUCCGAGGCAGAGAGCGAGGAAGCGGCCGAAUACGUGCCCGAUCCGCAUGGCCUGAACGACGGCUUCUUCUCCAUCGACGACUUUAACAAGCAAUCAGAGUUCCUCGAGCAAGCAGAUGCUCGUGGCGACAACGACUUCGAAGAUGAUGACGAGGAGGGUAUCGACUGGGGCUCCAACCCUCUGGGCGCAAGCACCACCAUUCCAAAGUCAGCACAAAACAAUGACGAAGAAUCAGAUGAUGAAGAUGGCCCGACAUUCGGCAAUGCCGACCUGAACGCCCCUGAAGGAUUCAGUGACAACGAGGAAGAGGUUGAGGAAGGUGAGAUGGAUGGCAUGAACUCUCUAUCGAACACAAACGAGGUCAAAUACGCCGACUUCUUCGCCCCGCCUGCCAAAAAGGUCCGCAAGAACAAGAAGGGACGUCCGAACCCUCACAACUUCCCUGCCAAACAAGCCUCUCCCAGCGGAGCCGACGAGCCAGCCGAGAAUGAGGAAGAGAUGGAGCGAACUAUGGAGAAGGUCCACCGUGAUCUGUUCGACGAUGUAUCAGACGAGGAAGAGGAUGAGGAGAACCUCGAUCCUGCCGACCCUCGCUCCCGCCGUUCAGCUCACGAGCGUCGCCAGGCUGCUCUCACAGAGGAGAUCCGACGACUCGAGGCCGCAAACGUUGCUAAGAGAGAGUGGACUCUGUCUGGUGAGGCUCGCGCCGCUGACCGUCCCAUCAACUCCCUUCUCGAAGAGGACCUCGAAUUUGAGCGCGUUGGAAAGCCCGUACCAGUUAUCACCGCAGAGAUUAGUGAAAGUCUGGAAGAGCUUAUCAAGCGUCGCAUUCUCGCUGAGGACUUCCAAGAUAUUAUCCGUCGCCGUCCUGAUGAUCUGGCUACUGGCAGCUCAAGCAGACGCGGGCGUCUCGACUUCGAGCUCGACGACAGCAAGAGCAAAAAGUCCCUGGCUGAGAUGUACGAGGAGGAGCACCUGAAGGCUACCGACCCCAACUACGUCGACGCAAAGGACGAGAAGACACAGAAGGAGCAAAAAGAGAUCGAUGCCCUCUGGCGUGACAUCAGCAACAAACUCGACAGUCUCAGCUCAUGGCACUUCAAGCCCAAGGGUCCUGCUGCACAACUCGACAUCCGCGUCGAUGCACCCGUUGUACGUCUCGAGGAUGCCCGUCCCACCGCUGGCGCAGAGGCAGCAGCUGCCUCGCAACUCGCACCACAAGAGAUUUACAAGGCAGGCGAGGCUGCGGAGAAGGGCGAGGCCGAACUUGCCACUCGCGGCGGCUUGGUCAUCAACCGCGAGGAGAUGAGCAGAGAAGACCGCAAGCGCCGUCGCAGACGCGAAAAGGAGCGCGAGAAGAAGUCUCUUGCCAACAUCGACCCCUCAAAGAAGGAAAGCAAGAAGACAAAGGAGAGAAAGGGUAUCAUCAGCGACCUCAAGAAGGGUGGUGUCAAGGUUAUCGGCAACAAGGGACAAAUCACAGAUGUCUCUGGUGCCGCUGUCAAGGAUACAAAGGCACCUUCUGCUGGUGGUUCUUACAAGUUGUAA